AAGAUACAUUAAUAGAGAAUCUGCAGUGACGCUACGUCGUGUUAGACACAUUUAGUAACUUUUUUAUAAAGCUGUACAUUCUCGCAAACACGGACCUUCACUGGAAUAUUACACAUUUUAGAAAACAGUAACUUUGCAGCUUGUGACGCAUUGUGACAGUUGCGUGGAAUAGUCCUACUUGAACUGAAAAGGUAGCAUAUAGCCUACUCUCAGAAUUCAACAACUCUCAAGUCAACAAUGGCAGAGACGGUGGCAGCUCCAGCCCCAAAGGCUAAAAAGGCAAAGGCGCCCAAGAAACCGGCUUCACACCCAAAAUACUCGGAUAUGAUUAAGGCGGCCGUGCAGGCAGACAAAAGCCGUGGAGGAGCAUCCAGACAAUCUGUCCAGAAGUACAUCAAGAGCCACUACAAGGUGGGAGACAAUGCCGAUUCCCAGAUUAAGCUGUCCCUCAAGAGGAUGGUGAGCGGUGGGCUCCUGCGCCACACCAAAGGCAUCGGAGCGUCAGGCUCCUUCAAACUGGCCAAAGCAGAGGACACCAAAAAGGCACCGAAACCUAAACCUGUUGUGAAAGCAAAGAAGUCGCCUGUGAAAGCCGCCAAACCCAAGAAGGUAGCAAAGCCGAAGAAGGUAGUCAAAUCACCAGCAAAAGCCAAGAAAGCGAAAGUGGCAGUGAAGAAAGUUAAAAAGUCCCCGAAGAAAGUGGCACCAAAGCCCAAGAAAGUAGUGAAGAAAGUAAAGGCGGCCAAACCAGCCAAGGCAGUCAAACCCAAGAAGGCCAAAGCUGCUAAACCCAAACCCAAAGCAGCAGCGAAGAAAGCCGCAAAGAAGAAGUAAAUGGUCAUUUCUGAGAGACUUGUUAUUAGUCGCUGUAAAUACUUUGAGAUUUUUUUCCCUAUAUAUUAUUUUUGUAUGGUCUCAUGCGAAUUUAUCCGUUUUUAACGAUUAUUUUCCACUCCAUUGCACUAUGAAGCUGUAAAGAGGGUCUGGAUUAAAACAUUUGUAUGUGACAGCAUUGUUAUGCUAAUAUGUAUUAUUUCUCUCCGAUCCUUGGAACUGUAGCAUAUGAACCUGUUAGAAAAUGUGACAAUCUGUAAUAAUUUUUGAUUAGGCUAUUGAAAAAAAUUAUUAUUGUGGUUCUCUGUGCACGAGUUCAUUAUGAAAACACAAUUAUUUCAAUAGCAAGCAUUGUUGAGCAAUAGUGUAUAUAACUGUGUAGGCAUGGACGUCAGCAAGAUUUUGAAGUGAUGCGUAAUGGCUCAAAUGCGGACAAUUUGCUACUUAUUGGUAAACCGGUCAUGCCAUGUUCCAUUAAUCCAGUCUAUUUGUAAUAACGUGUAUUAUUAUACAUAGUACAUAUAAUGUGUACCAUGUAUUGCAUCACCUUUAUACUGUAAUACAAUAAACUUUUCUCAUCUUCU